UGUGACAGCAUCGACGACAAUGACUGGCUCGAAGCCAGCGAUCGUCGUACUCGGCGGCUCUUUCAGCCCGGUGCAUGCCGGCCACCUCGCAGCCCUCGAGCGAGGUCGGCAACUGGUGCAGCGUGACGGCUUCUGCGUGGUCGCUGGUUUUUUUGCUGUCGCGCACGAUGGACACGUGCGCAGCAAGUUCCGCCAGCGUGGGGAAUCCAGCGAGCUCGCAUUUGAUGCGGCAUGGCGGCUUCGCAUGUGCAAUGCCAUUGCGGAGUCGGUUGAAUGGCUCCAGCCAACGCCAAGAACAUUCGGCUCUGCGAAAGAGUGCGGAGCGGCAAUGGCGGAAGAGUUCGGGCCAAACAUCACCAUCAUCACCGUAAAAGGCAGCGACGCGCCGCUGCUGACCUUUCGCGGCGAGCCCCUCUCGUCGACGCUUGUUCGGCGCAAGAUGCGAAUGGGUGGCGUGCCUGCUCUUCGUCGGCUGGUCGCAGACAGGGUGCUGCCGGCGCCGGUGCUGGAGGUAUUGGCAGAGCUGUUGGAAGCCAGCAAUGAAGACGAAGGUUGUGGUGAAGGUGAGGGCGAGGACGAUGAAGAGUGCGAGGACGAGGACGAGGACGAGGACGAGGACGAGGAAGAGGGCGAGGGCGAGGGCGAGGGCGAGGGCGAGGGCGAGGGCGAGGGCGAGGGCGAGGACGAGGGAGCGGACGAGCAGACUGCGCGCCUCACGAAGGGCGAACGUGCCGCCAUUGGGACGUCGACGGCCGACAUCUGCAGCGAGGGCGUCUACACCACCGAGCGCGGCACUGUCGUCGACGUCACUGAGCGCAUGCAAGCCUGCGUUGAUGGCACGACGAUGAAGCUGCCGGCUCGUGCCGCAGCUAUUAGCGCGGCGACCGAAAUCGAGGUUGUCAACGAGGGCACGCUCGGGGCCGCUCGUCGAUUGCAUCGUAUGGGCCACAGUGUCGUCGCGCUCAACUUUGCCUCUGCGCGAAACCCCGGCGGCGGCUUCAUGUCUGGCGCCGAGGCGCAGGAGGAGAACCUCGCCCGUAACUCGCUGCUCUACGCGGCGCUAACAUCAGAGGCCGCGAGGCCGUUUUACCACGCGCACAAUAAUGGGGAGCGCAACGGCGGACUCUACUCGCACGCAGUCAUCUACUCGCCAGCGGUGCCCAUCAUCCGCACUGAAUACGCCGGCCGGCUGCUGGAGUCACCAUGGCCACUCAGCUUUAUCACUGCCGCCGCACCCAAUGCUGGCGCUGCGCGCAAGAGGCGUGUGCGCCAGCAGGACAUCUCGGCCGCCCUCGCUGAGCGGGCCGAGCGUGUGCUCCGUGUCGCUGCUGGCAACGGCCACAGCGCCCUCGUCCUCGGUGCGUGGGGCUGCGGGGUGUUCCAGAACGACCCUCGCAUGGUUGCGGGCGUCUUUUGCGCGCUGCUCCGCGGCAAGUACCACGGCGCCUUCGAGCGAGUCACGUUUGGCGUGAUCGGACCCGUCACCAAUCGGUCGCCGUUCGAGGAGUACUUUGGCGCGGGCACGCACGCGCUGUUGGCACCGCCCGGUGUGCCGCGGGCAGUGAUGAUGGGCCGCACCCGUCGCAGCGAAGCCAGAAAAGGGCGGCGCACAAGCCAGCGUCAUUUUCACGCCGACCACCUUGCCUGACUCGCUGCCUUGGCGUGGUGCGCCGCAUGAAGGGGACAACAGUACUGACGUAUACUAGAGUCGGUCCUGGUAGAAUAUCAACCAAGACCAUACUCGC